AUGACAUCAAAUACUCAAGAGUCUCAACUUGCAGGUGAUCGUACAGCAACAAAAUCCAGUCUUCGUCUUGAAUGGAUUUACGGUUAUCGAUCAGCAAAUUGUCAACGUAAUAUUCAUUUAACUUCAAAUAUGAUAUUAUUAGUUCAUGUCUUCAUCCCAAUAAAACAAUUAUUGCAACUGGUCAAAUGGGUAAAAAUGCACAAAUCUGUGUUUGAAAUAUCCAAGAAAUUAGCGAGUGUUGGAAUUGAUCAUGAAAAUACAAUUAAAAUUUGGAAUUGGAAUCGUGGAAAGAUAUUAGCUACAGUUGCUGGACAUUCACAACGUGUUUUUGAUAUUUGUUAUCCUGAUAAUUAUGUUAUUACAUGUGGUGUUAAACAUAUUCGAUUUUGGACAUUACUUGGUAAUACAUUAGAAUAUAAAGAAGGAAAAUUAGAAGCACAAACACUUUUAUAUAUUGGAUAUUUUCCAUCUUUAGAUAUAAAAAAUUCAAUAAUAUCUACAGAUGAUAAUAGUUUAUGUUUUACAGGAGCGAUUAAUGGAGAUUUAUAUGUUUGGAAAAAAAUAAAAUCGAUAAAAUUAUUUCUGGAAUUCAUACAUUUAUUUUCACCAAUUCCUUCUAUUCGAUCUUUAGCAUUUUCAAUGAAUGAAAAUCAAAUUGCUGUGGAUUAUGAAAAUGGUUAUAUUGAAAUUUAUUAA